AUGGAUUUGAACUUACCACCACCUGAUGAUUAUUCAUCAAGCUCAAAGCCCCCUGUUCCAGCAGCAUCUGGUUCAAACUCUAUGGCUCCUCAAAAGCUAGAUAAGUACACCUCCCUUUUUUUCCCCCUGGAGGCUUCUUCAGAUGAAAGGAGUGCUAAAACUACUCCACCUGUUGAGCCCGAGAAGCCGGUGAGCCUCCGUGCUUUGGCUGAGGAACCUGAGCCUAUAAAAAUCAGUCUUGCGCUGCCUGAGUUUGAGAGAGACGAUGAAAUGGAAGAGGAAGAGCUCAACCUAGAGCUCACCUUAGGUCGUGGGGGUACCAGCUAG